AUGGAUACAAGAAGAUGUCUCGCUAGCGCUGGAAUAAUGGCAAGUGAAGGAGUUGAAGUGAUUUCCGUGACAGAUGUGUACGAUCAGGCUGCAGGGAUCGCCCAUGAAUUCGAUAAACUCAUCCACAACUAUGGGACUGAUUCUGUCACAGACUUAAUGCCCAGGGUGAUUCGGGCGCUAGAGCAUUUGGAGACGUUAGCUUCUCGAUACGAAAAGGAGGUUGAGGAGAUUAACCAGCUUCGAUACAAAGUGGAGAAAUUGGAAACUGAAAAAACUGAGAAGGCCCAGGAAAGAGCGAAAUUCGACCAGGAGUUGGAGCUGAUAGAGGAGAACUGGCAGUCUGAAGUGAAAGACCUGCUUGGUGUUGUCAACAAGUUACAAGAGGAGAACAAACGUCUCAAAGAGAAUGCUCGCAAUGAGAAAUAUGCAGCUGUGGCAGAAUUGGCAGCAAAACGACAAGAAACGGAGGAGGAAGAAAUCAAAGUUUUAACCAAAUUAAAAGAAACAGUGGAUAAACAGAGGGAAGAACUGAAGAGUCUGAACAGGGAACUAGGACAGAAAGGAGUUGAUUGUGAUGCAUUACAAGCACAGCUGCAGCGUAUUGCCAAAGUUAACGCUGAUUUGAGGCUGAAGAACUCCACACAUAAGAAACAGGCCAGGUUUCUGCUACAAGAGAAGCUAGAACUAGAGACACAGUUGCAUGACAAAGACCAUGAGGUUGAUCAUAUCAAGAAGUUGAUCUCUGACCAGGAGAAGUAUGAUGAACAGCGGGCAGCUGUACAGGCAGCAAUCGCAGCCACAAGAAGUAUAGAAGAGGAAGAUGGAUCAGAGAUGAAGGGCACAGAUGAGGAGUCAAUCAAACAGCAGCUGAGCAAAGCCAAGGGAACUAGUUCGCCCACCGAUACAAGCGGUCAUCCAUUUGCUGCAGGCAGUCAGGCUCCAGGUUUUGAUCUUGAGGGCAAGGUGGUCAUAGAUCUGAAAGAUCCUAACAGGUCUCGGUUUUCUCUGGAGGAACUGAAACAGGUUUUACUGGAAAAAAAUGAGCUGAAGACUAGACUGUUUGAAGUGGAGGAGGAAUUGGCCCAGUACAAACCCAGUGAUGAUGCUGGUGUGAAUCCGGAUAUUCAGGAUGGAGAAGAUGAGAAGUCUACAUAUGCUGGGCAGGAGGCCUUGGUUUAUGGGCCUAUUAACAAAGAACCAGAGGAGAAACUUGGCAGGAAGAAAGAGUCUGGAAUUAGAAAAUUGUUCCUGUAUAUCUUAGAGGCAGGCAUUGACAUGUUAGUCGGGUCAGAUCUAGAACAGGAAGAGGAAGAGGAAGACAUUUCUGAGCUUCCUGUAUACAACCUUAGCCCCACCCCCAACACAAAUACACAGGGAAUCAUGGAAACAAAGUUGUAA